AUGACAUGGAAGAUUCAGUUACUGAAGAUCAUUGAGCACGCGAAUUCACUCAAUACUAGUCCAGAGGCGUCAGCGAAUGCCCCAACGAAUGUCUCCCAUGAUGUACACUGCGUAAAAGCAGCAUAUGGGCGAGAGUACAUUCAGCUGGGAUACCCUACACUCAACAGAACAUCACUAGAAAUACCACUGUUCGAUAGAAGACCAAACGAACUGAACUUCAACAAUGCGCAUGGCCCACGCCACUCGUGGAGUCACACGCAAGAUUCUGAAAGUUUUGGCAUGAACAAGAAUUACAUUGGAUACCCAUUACAAUUACACGAGCGCGAAGACGGACCAGAUGGGAACGACCACGUGAGAGCGGUCGGAGAGAAAAUAAAAGUUCGCCUCUCUGCCAUUAUAGAUGAUUACGACGAAAAGAUACGAGACUGCAACAUGCGCGUUGACGGCAUGGCUAUGGCUACGCAAUGGUCGCAAAGCGAGACUGCCGUUGAGAUUGCGCUUGCGACCAGCCAAGACUCCAAAGUCAUGAGAUCAAUCUCUCUUGUCACAAUGGUCUUUCUUCCUGGGACGUUCUUUGCUACUGUCUUCUCCAUGACGUUCUUCGAUUGGAACGAUGACAAGGGUAAGGCACUAGUAUCCAAGUACCUUUGGAUCUACGUGGUCGUGACUGUGUUCUUUACAGCGAUCACUAUUGGGCUUUGGUACUUCUUCGUCAUGUUCCGCCGUAGCGGACCAGUAAAGAGUGACGAAGAGGAGAUGCGUUGGACAUGA